AGGCGUUGGUGCAACUGACAAUGAGUCAUAGUUUAAAAACGCCGUCACUGUCACUCUAGAAAACAUUUAUUGUGAUUAUUAGGGUGCUUAUUUUGCUGGUUUUUGGCUAUUUUUGGUAGUUUGUUCAGAUUUUUAGAUAACGUGUCUGUUGUAUUAGUCAUGGGGAACGAGAUGUCACAGUCCGCAAUGGAAAAACACCUAUUCAACUUAAAGUUCGCGGUCAAGGACUUGGAAAGACAGUCGAAGCGAUGCGAAAAAGAGGAGAAGCAGGAGAAGGCGAAAACGAAGCAAGCGAUCCAGAAAGGCAACAUGGAAGUGGCUCGAAUACACGCAGAAAAUGCCAUCAGGCAGAAGAACCAAUCGCUGAAUUAUCUGCGAAUGUCCGCACGAGUGGACGCGGUUGCCAGCAAAGUGCAAAGUGCAGUGACUACAAGGAAAGUCACCAAUUCUAUGGCAGGUGUAGUGAACGCUAUGGAUGCCGCAAUGCGAAGCAUGAAUCUGGAAAAGAUAUCGAACGUGAUGGAUAAGUUCGAGCAGCAGUUUGAGGACUUGGGAGUUCAAACCGACGUGCUGGAGAACACAAUGGCCCAAACCACUACCACUUUGAUACCGCAAAACGAUGUGGAUUCGCUGAUGCAACAAGUGGCAGAUGAGGCUGGCCUGGAGCUGAAUAUGGAGCUGCCCGAGGGGCCGCAAGGGAGCAGCAUUAGCAGCACCCAGGUGUCCCAAGAGCAGGACGAACUCACUCAGCGAUUGGCUAAAUUACGACAAACCGAAUAAGUUCAUUUAUAAGGGUAUUUUCAGGCCGGAAGCCUUUGUCCAGUGCAGCCUAUUAAACGUGGACAUGUGAUAUAAUAUAGGUUUUAUUUUUCCCGCUAUUCGCCUCUUCGCAUGGAAUAACGUACAGUCUAGUUGUUAGGGUUGUAAAGUUUAUAAUGGCAUUAAAAAUAUGUUUGACGUUU